AUGAAACAACUCUUCACUGUAUCACAAGAAUCCAAUGGUAAAGGACCUGUUGUGUUUAGCUGGCAAAAAAGCGGAAACUAUUUAGCAUGUGUCGGCUCAUACAGGCGUGUUCAAAUAUUUGAUCGACAAGGAAAUCUUUUCCAUCAAAUUUCAUUGGAAGAUCCAGGAAGAGUACUUGCAUUGGAUUGGGAUUAUUCCGAUGAAACGCUCGCAAUCAUGCAAGAAGGCUCGAGUAAAAUUCCUCUAUUUCAUAUCAAUACAAAGAAAGAAGAAAGCAUUGAAACGAAUACAAAGGAGCUCAGUUUUAUGAGAUGGGCUGCUGCUGGACCUUAUCUCGCAAUCGGAAGUGUCAAAGGUACACUCUUAAUUUAUAAUAAGAAAUUGAGCAAAUAUGUUCCAAUCAAAGGAAAACAUACCAAGAAAAUAACAUGUGGUUCGUGGAACUCACAAAAUGUUCUUGCAUUAGGUUCUGAAGAUUUACAGGUUACCAUCAGUGAUGUUGGAGGUGACACCCUCAAACAAAAACAAGCAAAAGCAGAACCAAAAGGAAUGGAAUUUGUGCGAGUAAAAAAGAGAAAUGCAAAAGACACAACAGUUGCAGCCAUUGUCGGUGGAAACUUUUGGAUGUACGAUUAUGACGACGAGGCAGAAUCAAAGCCAACCGAGUUGGGAUUCAGUGACGAAUAUGGUCGAAUGAUCUCAUUCAAAUCGUUCGGAGAUGGAUAUUUAUUGCUUGGAUUUGAUCGAGGUUAUGUUGUUAUUGCGUCUACUCAUUCCGAUGAGAUUGGUAUGGAAGUUAAUUCAUGCAAAGUUCACGAUUCUGAGCUGAAAUCUGUGACAUGUUGUGAAGCCUUGAAAAAAGGUGCAUCUAUUGGUGAGAACUGCGUGAAAGUUUUUGAUUUAUCUGAUUUGUCAGCAUUUGACACGAACGUGAUCGACAAGUACGAGCUAGACAAUGAGUAUGGAGCGCUAAGUAGAGCUGAAUGGACAGAAGACGGACAAAUCUUAACUGUGAGCUCUAACAACGGCAAUCUAUACAACUUUUUGACAAGUAUUCCUGCCUUAAAUGAUUGCCAUGGAAAAAACGUCCUCAUGCUUGUAUCUUUGAGAGAAUUAAUAAUUAAGGAUGAAGUUACCGAGAAAAUAAUAGCACGAUUUGGCAUUGAUAUUGAACCUAGUUUUGUGGCUCUUGGCCCAGAGCACGUUGCUGUAGGAAUGAACAAUAGAGUGUGGUACUAUAGAAUAGAAAACGGAAAAGCCACUCUUAUUUCCACACGAGAGUAUUUGGGAACUGUCGAAAAAGUCUGUGUUGGUUUUGAUUAUGCUGCAGUACUUUCAGGUGGAAAAAUUACAAUGCAUCUGAUAGAAGAUCCAGUACAGGACGAAAAAUGGAAAGGACGAGAAGAGAAACACUUCCCUGAGAAGGAUGACGGCUCUUCCAUCACUACUCUUACCAUGGCUCCAGAUUUUCUUAUUUAUGCAACAUCUCGAGGUGCUUUGUACUACUUUUCGCUCGACGACUGGUUGACUGUAAAUGAAUUUAGACAUGAUGUUGGUAUUGCCUCCGUGUUUACAAACAUUAUCGGUACGAGACUUGUAUUUAUUGAUGAGACAAAUGCUGGAUUUUUGUAUAGCCCUGUCGAUGACUCUCUUUGUGGUAUCGAAUCCUUCCCAAGUUCUGUCGACAAGGUGCUGUGGGAUCAAGCUGACCAGAAUAUUUUCGUUGCAUGUGACAGUAAGAAAUUCACCACUUAUGUGUACAGUCACACAACACGUUGGGGUCCCAAGGUAUAUGUUGUAAAAUUAGAUGGUGACACUCCCUCAAAAACACCCAGACCUGAAGGCUUCUCCCCAAUCUUCCUUAAUAAUGGAAAAGUGUGUUGCCAAAUGAAAAAUGGUUCAAUCGCUCAUAUUCGAUUGUCGAGUCAUUCAGAAAUUGAAGUGAAAAGCAAAGAAGAUAAGAAGAGAGCCUUCACUCAAAACAUUGCACUUCUUAGAUUGGAAGAUGCAUGGUCCAACGCUCUCGAUCUGAAUUUAGAAGAUUUUUGGAAUAAGCUCAAAGACGUUGCCAUAGACAAUUUAGAAUUGGAGCUUGCAUUGAGAGUGUACAGACUCAAAGGAAAUGCAUCAAUGGUAAUGGCUCUCUCCGAGCUCAUUAAUCUUGAUGAAAUCAAUCUCAUCAUUGGUAACCUGGCAAUGAUUUCAGGAGACUUUACAGACGCGGAAUCCAAAUUCCUUCAAUCCACUCAACCCAUUAAGGCUCUUGAAAUGCGAAGAGAUUUAAUGAAUUGGGAUAGAGCUCUACAGUUAGCACAAACACUUGAUCCAAAACAAAUACCUCUCAUCUCAAGAGAAUACGCCAAUCAACUGGAAUUAAAAGGAGAAUUCCAAAAAGCCUAUGAGCUCUACCAAAGGGCUAUUAUGGAUUCAAACCCUGAAAACAAUGCUCACAAUCAAAUGUGUAAUGAAGGCCUUUGUAGAAUUACCAUUCGAUUGGGAGACCUCAGAAAAGGUUUUGAGCUUGCAAUGAAGAGUAAGAACAAGAAGCUUUGCAGGGAAUGUGCUCAAAUAUUUGAAGAACUUUCUCAAUUCGACGAUGCUGCAGCACUCUAUGAAGAGGCUGACAUGUAUGAAAAGGCUGCCGAAGUUUACAUUCAAAACAAGAGUUAUUCUAAAGUUACAAAUCUCAUGAAAUCAAAGAAUAUUAUGAAUCCAAGGCUCCAUCUUCAAUUUGCCAAAGCUAAAGAAGUUGAAGGAAAAUAUGAGGAAGCAGCUAAUUCAUAUGAAAAAGCGGGUGACAUUAACAGUGUGAUUAAUAUCAAUCUACGCUACUUAAACAAUAUUCCAAAGGCAAUUGAAUUGGUGAAAAAGACAAACUCAACAGACGGAGCAAACCUAAUUGCUACGUAUUGCAAGGAAAAAGGAAAUUACCGAUCGGCUAUUGAAUUUCUCAUCAUGGCUGAAAAGGUUGACGAGGCCUUUGAUAUUGCCAAGACACAUGAUGAAAUGGACACAUACGCAAAAAUCAUUGAAAAUAAGGCAGAGAAAUCUGACUACUUGAGCAUUGCCAAAUACUACGAAUCGAAAGUGGCUCUGGAUAAGGCCGCUGAUUACUACUUGAAGUGUGAUGAGUAUGCCACAGCUCUCACGUUAUAUGUUCAAUGCUCGAGUAGACUGAAGCAAGACUCUAAAGAGAUGGAAUCAGUUAUUGAUAAGGCUAUUGAUGUAGUAGCUGCAGCGAAGAAUGACAACUUGACCCAUUCAUUAAUUGACUUUUUAAUGGGCCAGGUCGAUAACGUACCAAAGGAUCCCAAGCACGUUUUUAGAUUAUACAUGGCACUUGGUAACUUUAAACAAGCUGCAAGUACUGCACUGGUUAUUGCAAAACAAGAGCAAGAAAUUGGAAACUAUCAAAUUGCUCACUCAAUUUUGUAUGACACUGUCAGGCAACUCGAAAAGAAGGGACACCACGUACAAUUUGAACUCAGAGAAAGCCUCAACCUUUUACAUUCCUAUCUCAUUGUGAAAUACUUGUCAAAGAUGCAAGAACAAACCAUUGCGUCUCGAAUGCUUCUCCGUAUCACAAAGAACAUUAGCAAAUUCCCUCAUCACAUUGUCCCAAUUCUUACAUCCUCAGUUUUACUUUGUUACAAGUCUGGCUUGAAAAAGUCAGCAUUUGAGAAUGCAACCAUUCUCGUUCGACCGGAGCAUCAAAAUCUUAUUCCAGCAGAAAAGAAAAAGACCAUUGUUCAACUUGUUAGAAAGCGAAAAGCGUAUGAAGACGAUCCAGAAAAUGCUUCGCCUUGUCCUAUUUGCUCAGCCCAAGUCCCUGACUCUUCGCUCUAUUGUGAACAUUGUAUGAAUAAUUUGCCAAUGUGUAUUUCUUCAGGCAUGCACAUGACUCUGGAUGAUUGGUGUCAAUGUCCUCAAUGCGAGUUCUCGUCAAAACAUUCCUUCUUUAUCAAAAUGCUUGAAACUAUUGGAAAUAAGUGCCCCAUGUGUUCACAAGCUGUUGAAUCCAAAGAAGUUCAAAAACUUUCGACAGAGCAAGCCAAGUUAGUGGUUGAAAAGUAUCUCAAGUAA